AUGGCGGCCACCAGGACAGAGAACGCCCUGAGGAGCCUGCUGGAGGCCCUCACCAGCCCCCCCUACGCCCCGACCCAGCACCUCGAGCGGGAACAAGCCUUGGCCAAGCAGUUUGCUGAGAUCCUGCACUUCACCCUCAGCUUCGAUGAGCUCAAGAUGACCCACCCUGCCAUCCAGAACGACUUCAGCUACUACAGAAGGACCAUCAGCAGAAACCGCAUCAACAACCUGCAGGUGAGAGGACAGUGCUGUGUUCCCCCCCUAGCCCAGAGAUGGUCUCCCCUGGGGGAUUCACAGAACAAGACCCUCCCAAUUGAGGACACAACUGACUGCCUGAGCACCAUGGCCUGUGUCUGCAGGGUUAUGCUGGAGACCCCCGAGUACCGGAGCCGCUUCACCAACACCGAGACCCUCCUCUUCUGCAUGAGGGUGAUGGUUGGAGUCAUCAUCCUCUACGACCACGUCCACCCCGUGGGGGCCUUCGCAAAGACCUCCAAGAUUGAUAUGAAAGGCUGCAUCAAAGUUUUGAAAGAUCAACCCUCAACCAGCACCGAAGGGCUCCUGAAUGCUCUGAGGUACACCACCCGGCACCUCAACGAUGACACCACGUCCAAACAGAUCCGGGCCCUCCUGCAGUGA